GUUUGUAAAAGUCAAUAUCAUUUCUCACUGAGGUGGUGUAGAUUUUGGAGAUAUCCAACUACAACUGGGGUCAAUGAGAGAGAGAGAAUAAAAGACAGCGGGGUAAUCAAGAGAGAGGGUAUGUUUUGGGCUUGGACUCACAAACUGGAAGUAGAUGAGGCAUUUGGAUGUGGAGGCUCUGCAUUUAAUUGGGUUGCAGAAAAGUUAGAGAGAGAAGAGAGAGCUUGGAGCUCUUACAGAACAGGGGGUUGAAGUCGGUUUCUUGUUUUUCUGAACUAUUUUUCUGCUACAUUUCGCUGAAUCAAUUUUCUGCUGUGUUUUCUUUGCCAAUCUUUUUGGGAUCUUGGUUUUGGGUUCAAGGGUUUGAGGUUUUGAUUUCGUCUAUGUAUUGGGUUUUUUCCCAAUUCGAUGCUAAUGUUUUGACUUUUGAAUUUCAAUGGGUUUCGGGUUUUGUAAUUCCAUGAAUCUUUUGAAUCUUGGGUCUAGAAUUUCUGUGUGUUUUGAGUCUCUCUCUGUUUCUUUUUACUUUUCUCCUAAUCCUAUAUUUUUUUGAGUCACUUUCCCAAAAUGUUGAAGUGGUCCUCUAGUUCACUGAUUGAACCCUAAAAUCUGUGGGUAGAUUUUUUCUUCUUUUUUUUUGCCCUUUUUUUUUUCUUCUUACGUUUCUGGGUUCCAAAUGUGUUGUCUUAAUCUGGCUUGAAUCCUCAGUUACUGGAUUUUCAAGGUAGUCAAAUAUAGGGUUUCUAUUUGAUCCGGUUAAAGAUCAGUGAGAAUUGAGAUGUUGUGACCCAAUUCUUAUUUCUGUGUCUUUGAAUGUUUUAGUAAAGCAAAGUAUCUGUGGCUUUCCCUCCUUAAGAUAGGGGUUUUGAUUUUUGAAAGCAAAGCUUUGUUUUUGGGUAAGCUUUUGGAUUGAUUCCUCUUGCUUUUUGAAAUUAGGGUUUGAACUAGACCUGCUUUUUGGGAGGGGUUUGGUAUUAGAUGGGCUAGACAAACAAACCCUUCUGUUCUGGUGGAGCUUGAGAUAACUUGUUUAUCUUUCUGGGUUUUUUUUUUCUCUCUCAAAUUGAUUAUACAGAUAAGCUUCAAUGCAUCUUUCACUAUGGAAGCCAAUUUCUCACUGUGCUGCUCUGAUCAUGGACAAGAAGAGCAGAAGAAGAGAUGGGUCUAACCAUUCAACAGAAGAAAUCAGGAGAAACCCAUCAUUUCUGAGGAAAUUGCUAGAGCACAAGCUCAGGGAAGCUCUUGAGGAAGCCUCUGAAGAUGGGUCACUUGUGAAAUCCCAAGACAUGGACUCUGAGUCUGCUGCGAAUCAAGAGGAUGGCUUGGGGCGAUCGCGAUCGCUCGCGAGGCUCAACGCUCAAAAGGAAUUCCUCAGAGCCACUGCUCUUGCCGCAGAGCGAACAUUCGAGGAUGAAGAUUCAAUUCCUGACCUCCAUGAAUCGUUUUCCAAGUUCCUCACAAUGUACCCAAAGUACCAAUCAUCAGAGAGGAUUGAUCAGCUAAGGGUGGAUGAUUAUGCAAAUCUAUCAGGGUCAGCACCUAAGGUAUAUCUUGAUUACUGUGGAUUUGGGUUGUUUUCAUUUCUUCAAACAGUUCACUAUUGGGAAUCUUCAACAUUUAGUUUGUCUGAGAUUACUGCAAAUUUGAGCAAUCAUGCUUUGUAUGGAGGUGCUGAGAAAGGCACUGUGGAACAUGAUAUAAAGACUAGGAUAAUGGAUUAUCUGAACAUCCCUGAGAAUGAAUAUGGACUUGUUUUUACUGUGAGCCGUGGAUCAGCAUUUAAAUUGCUAGCUGAAUCAUACCCUUUUCAUACUAACAAGAAAUUGUUAACCAUGUUUGAUCACGAGAGCCAGUCAGUGAAUUGGAUGGCUCAGGGUGCUAGGGAUAAAGGUGCAAAAGUUUACAGUGCAUGGUUUAAAUGGCCAACCCUCAAAUUAUGCUCAACUGAUCUGCGAAAGCAGAUUUCAAACAAGAAAAAGAGGAAAAAGGAUUCAGCUACUGGUCUUUUUGUGUUUCCUGUUCAGUCUAGAGUCACCGGUGCGAAGUAUUCAUACCAGUGGAUGGCACUGGCACAGCAGAACAAUUGGCAUGUCUUGCUCGAUGCUGGGUCGUUAGGUCCCAAAGACAUGGAUUCUCUUGGGUUGUCUCUGUUUAGGCCGGAUUUCAUUAUCACAUCGUUUUACAGGGUAUUUGGGUAUGACCCAACUGGAUUUGGAUGUCUUCUCAUUAAAAAAUCAGUGAUGGCAAGCCUUCAAAAUCAAUCUGGGCAUGCUGGUUCAGGUAUAGUGAAAAUCACCCCUGUUUUCCCUCUGUAUCUGAAUGAUUCUAUUGAUGGGCUACCUGGAUUGUCUGGACUUGAAGAUGAUGAAGCCGGUCGGAAUAGUGAGUUAUCCUCUGAAACUCGCCCAGGAGCGCAAUUGCCUGCCUUUUCCGGUGCAUUCACUUCUGCUCAAGUGAGGGAUGUGUUUGAAACAGAGAUGGAUCAGGAUAACAGCCCUGACAGAGAUGGGACAAGCACUAUAUUUGAAGAAACCGAGAGUAUUUCUGUUGGGGAGGUGAUGAAGAGUCCGGUUUUCAGUGAAGAUGAGUCAUCAGACAACUCGAUAUGGAUUGAUUUGGGUCAGAGUCCUUUGGGAUCAGAACACAAUGGCCAGGUGAACAAACAUAAGGUAGCCUCUCCAUUGCCACCCUUUUGGUUUUCGGGUAAGAAGAACAAGCGUCUUUCUCCAAAACCAUCAUCGAAGAUUUCUAACAGCCAUUUAUACGACAAAGAGGUACACUCAGCUUCGCAUGAGGACCACCAUGUGCUAUCAUUUGAUGCUGCUGUUCUAUCAGUGUCACAGGAUCUUGACCGUCUUAAGCAGGUCCCCGAAGAAGAACAAUUCGCUGAAACAAAACCCUAUUCACAAAAUGGUGCGAAGGGUUUGGGUCAUCAUCACGAUCAUGAAAUUCAGGAGGAACCUCAAACCCACAAAUAUUCUGGGGUAAAUGGAUCUAGUCUCAACAAUGGCUCAACGUCUGAAAUUUACCCGGAGACAAAAGAAAGUGCAAUAAGAAGAGAGACAGAAGGGGAGUUUAGGUUGUUGGGAAGGAGGGAAGGUGGUAGAUUUUCUGGUGGUAGAUUUUUUGGCAUAGAAGAGCUUGAACAGCCUGGUAGCAAGGGAAGGAGGGUAUCGUUUAGUACGGAAGAUCACCGUAAAGAUCUGAGCCAUACAUUGGAGCCCGGAGACUUAUCUGCCACAAGCUUCGAUGAUGAGUAUGGCAGCGACGGAGAAUAUGCUGAUGGGCAAGACUCCGACAGAAGGGAACCCGAGUUAGUUUGCAAGCAUCUUGAUCAUGUAAACAUGUUGGGUCUCAACAAAACCACUCUCCGGCUGCGAUUCUUGAUCAAUUGGCUUGUGACCUCAUUACUUCAAUUAAGAUUGCCGGCUUCUGAUGGGAACGAAUCUUUGCCACUUGUUCACAUUUAUGGCCCAAAGAUUAAAUACGAAAGGGGUGCUGCUGUGGCUUUCAAUGUGAGAGACAGAAACCGGGGUCUAAUUAAUCCAGAACUUGUUCAGAAGCUGGCUGAGACAAAUGGUAUCUCGCUUGGCAUUGGUAUCCUCAGUCACAUACGGAUUUUAGAUAGCCCAAGACAGCAGCGCAGUUCUUUCAAUCUUGAAGAUACUGCCCUGUGCAGGCCAAUGGAAAAUGGCUGGCAUGAUGGAAAAAGGGGGUUCAUUCGCAUUGAGGUUGUCACGGCUUCUCUUGGCUUUUUGACUAAUUUCGAUGAUGUUUACAAGUUGUGGGCAUUUGUAGCAAAGUUUCUUAAUCCUGCCUAUAUCAAAGAGGGUGGACUUCCAACUGUUGCAGAAGGUUCAGAGUCAUAAGGCUAAAACAGGUGACAACGCUCUGCUUUCUAUUUCAAAGCAAAGAUCAAUCUGCCCUAUGAAAUUCUAUUACAUCCUACAGUUGGAAGUGGAAUAUUAAUAUUUUGUUGCAUAGAAAGAAUUAGAAGUUGCCGUUUUCAUUGUGCAGUAGUCUUUUGGUUUUUCUGGAGACUUUGCUGCAAGUGGGUGAAUUUGUUCAUUCAUGUUUUUAUUUGCUGUUUUUUUGUUUUUUUUGCUCCUUCAUGGGUUAUUGUAGACUUGUAGAGUUGGCUUUAGAAAUUUGUAUGCUUCAGAAAGUCAUGAACUCAAAGUAGAGUUAAAUGGGCACAACUUGUUUUUUUUUCUUCUGCUUGUGUAAGAUUUAGCUUAUUUUACUUGUUUUGGGUUACCUCAAAAUUCAGUGAGAUGUGCAAUAAAAUUAAUACCUUCUAUAGGGUCUCAA